GGGGUUCAAGGCCCAAUUGACACAUGGACACGAAUCGAGAGCUGGACUUCCAUGCCACGCUCCCGGCAAGGCUGUCCACUGUAUGAAGAAGACACUUGUAGAAUUGAGGACUAGAAGCGGUCUUUACAGCCUUCACUCUGUCUUCCCGUUCGGCGUUGGGAUAAACGGUUCAAAAUGUAUCAUCUAGCCAAGGGGCUGUAUUUAUAUGCGACCAGCAAAGAAGGUAUAUCCUCAUUCCCCGACUGCAGGUCUCUAGGCUUGUCCUCCCGUUCAGCCCUACUGCUGCUAUUGGCUCUGUUCAAACCUUUUUCUUUACUAUAUCACGCAUCUACUAAUGCCCAAACAGAAUACUCUGUCCUCCUCCUUGGCCUCGACAACGCAGGCAAAACCACCUUCCACGAACAAGUGAAAUCGCUCUUCCUACCCUCCCACCCCAACCCCAAACUUAAGACUGUGCCCACAGUCGGUCAAAAUGUCUCUACUAUCACCAUGCCCGAUAUGUAUCUCAAGAUGUGGGACGUUGGCGGGCAGCACAGUCUACGCAAGCUCUGGCAGAGUUACUACACCUCCUGCCAUGCCAUCGUCUUCAUAAUUGACAGCACGGACAUCGGAGACGGGAAUCUGGAGCACGAUAAUAGCGGACGGCUGGAGGAGUGUAGAUUGGUGCUGGAGGAUGUCCUGCAACAUUCUGAGACGGAGGGUGUGCCGCUGCUGGUGUUGGCGAAUAAGCAGGAUAGGGAGGAUUGUGUGGAGGUGGUGAGAAUUAAGGAAGGGCUUGUGAAGAAGGUAUUCGAGGGAGAAAAGGGUGCAAGCAUCAGGGAUAGUAGGGUAUUACCUGUGAGUGCUCUGACCGGGACGGGUGUAAAGGAGGCGGUUGAGUGGGUGAGGAGUAGGGUCAAGUGGAAUAAGGAGGGGAGACCACCGGUUAUGAGGUAAGGAUGGAGGGGUUGUUGCUUUUGGGAGUUAUAGACAGCGAGGCGUUUGGUAUGGUUUGAUGCCAGGUGGGAUCUGACGACUAGAGGGCGAUGCAUUGAAUGGGAUUACUGAUGAAUUGAUUAAGUUUUAGACCUGGUGAAAGACUAUUCUUACAAU